AUGGAGUACGAGAGGAUUCACAAGAUUCAGACUGGUAUAAUUUCUCCAAGCAAGUUGAGGAUGAAGCUGAUAGGGCCUCACCAUCAAAAGAAGAAAGAUGGAUCAAAUAGUAAUUCCUCAAGAACAUCUCCUUCCAAGCUUGAGGAUUCUGAGCUUGUGAAGAACAGUUUAUUAGGCACUAAUGAUGGAGAUUUUGAUCAGGAAGUCUCCGGUUUGGAGGUUUCAUCGGUGAAAUUGUCCGGUAAACAAGGUUCUUUCCAGCCAAAGGGGCUUUUGCCAAGUGAAAAUGGCGAUCCCGGUCAGGUUAAAGUGCAGCAAUUUUCCAAAGAUGACUGUGGUAAUUCGAGUUCAAUUCACCCAGUUAGACCACUGGAGGAUGAAAGUCUUGAUUAUGAUAGUACAUCUAGCUUUGAAUUUCAUAAAGGGGAGAGGCCACACAAUCACUUAACAAGAUCACUAUCAAGACCUAUGUCGUCUAAAUGGAAUGAUGCAGAGAAGUGGAUAAUGAGUAGGCAAAAUGUGCAAGCUAAUUAUUCGAAGAAGGCCCAUUUACAAAAUCAAGCAAAUCGGGGACCUAUGAUGAAUAUGGUGAGAGUAGCUCCAGAAUCUGCUAGUUAUGACCACAAAUUAUCAGUUAAGCGAGUUGAUUUCUGUCAACCUGCAUCAGCAGUAUCACAAAUAGGGUUGGAGAAGUUCUCUUUUGUUCCUCAAGGUCAAGCGAGGGGAACAAACCCGGUGAUAGAUUUGGGUCCUCAAAGUAAGGAUUUGAAGGAAGUUGACAAUACAGAUUCAUCUUUAACAAAGAGUUCAGCAGAAGAUACAACAGGAGUUCCUGCAGUAAGAUCAGUUUCAAUGAGAGACAUGGGAACAGAAAUGACCCCAAUUCCAAGUCAAGAGCCUUCAAGGACUUCUACUCCUAUAGGGGCAACAACUCCACUGCGCAGCCCAGCUUCUUCAAACCCAUCUACUCCUCGACGAGGAGCACCAGCACCCACACCAACAGAGUACACCAUUGAUGAAGCAUCAUCACAGACAAUUGAAAAAGGCAAAGCAGAAUUGUCGGAGCAAGAUCUAAAGCUCAAGACAAGAAGGGAGAUAGAAGCACUAGGUGUUCAACUUGGCAAGACGAAUAUCGCUGCCUGGGCAAGUAAGGAUUUGAGAGAUAAGAAUAUGUCUCCAGUUGAAACCAUCCAUGCAGAGGAACUUGAUUGGAUAGAAUUUGAACAACGUGCUACAGCAUGGGAGGAAGUUGAAAAAUCUAAACACACUGCCAGAUUUAAACGCGAAGAAAUCAAAAUCCAAGCAUGGGAAAGUCAGCAUAAAGCAAAACUUGAAGAAGAGAUGAGGAGAAUAGAGACCCAAGUUGAUCAAAUGCGAGCACAUGCUCAAACAAAAAUGGCGAAGAAGAUUGCAAUGACAAGGCAAAGGGCGGUUGAAAAAAGGGCUGCAGCUGAAGCUAGGAAAAAUCGCCAGGCGGAAAGAACUGCAGCUCAGGCUGAAUACAUUCGACAAACAGGUCGAAUUCCAUCAUAUUCUUUCGUAUGUUGUGGUUGGACAUGAUAAAAUUAGCAGAGUGCAGAUAAGAAAGUGUUUCCUUAUAGAGUUACUUUGUUUGAGUAGCAUCUUUGAACUCAGUCUGGAUUUCAUCAUCAAAGGAGUGUUGUCCUGUUUUGUCAUCCAUUCCUGUAUUAACUUUAGCAACCACAGAAUGCAAAGCAAUUGAUCUAUACAUUGUCA